AUGUCUUGGGAUGAGCUGCUCGAUCAUGGAGAUGAACCAUUUGAUAUAUCCUUCCCACCCGUGCGCGGUGUCCACCCUUCCCUUGAGCUGAAGGUCGCCAUUGUACAUGCUUGCGACGAUCAGGAUGACGCCCUGUUUGACUCCCUCGUAGACUGCGAGAUUGCUCGAGACACAGAUGCGGGCCACGCACAAUUUGCCAAAUACAUCAGACGCAAGAGGGUCUCUCACCUGAAACGUGCUGUAGAGCAUUUUCAGUUGGUUCUGGACCAGUGUCCGGUCAGCCAUCCAGAUCAUGCCAUAGCUCUUACCAACCUCGCAUGCGCCCGCCUUAUGGGCUACAUCCGGAAUGAUGUUCAAGACAUCGAUGCCACCACUUCCCUCUUACGCGACGCCCUUGCAUUGCGUCCGCAGCCCCAUCCCGAUCAUCCCUUGUCUCUAUAUAAUCUUGCCGAAGCGCUGACUUGGCGCCAUAACAAGAAAAGUACUGCUGCCGACAUCCGCGAAGCUCCCCAACUCUAUCAUGAACUACUGCAUCUCUGUCCAGAGGGCACCUACCUUCGUAGCAUCGCGGCAGGGGAAAAUGGUGUUGAUUAUGUGAUCGGCGAAUGCAACAAUCUUCCAAUAGACGGAUCUGAUGAAAGCGUCCACAUUCGAAGAGUCGUCCUCCUUCGGAGAGUCGUCAUCGACCUCUUUUCUCUGGGCCAUCGACUCCGUCCGAGAGUCCUCAACAAGCUUGCACAAGUACUUCGAACACGCUUUUAUCGGUACGGCAGCAUCGAUAAUCUUGACAUGAGCAUACGACGUGGUCGUGGAGCCGUGUCUCUGUGCCCCGAGGGACAUGCUGGCCGUGAUGCCUGCCUGCACAGCUUGGCCUUCUCACUCAAGUUGCGCUUUGAUCACCAAGGCAAACCUAAUGACCUCGAUGAGGCCAUCACUUUGCACGAAGAGGCGCUGCGUCUGCGCCCUGUUGGGCACAAAUAUCAUGAUUGCUCAUUGAGCAGCCUAGGGCUCGCCCUCGUCGCCCGUUUCAACGAACGCGGCGACAUUGAUGACAUCACCCGAGCCAUCAGCCUCCAUCGCGAGGCACUGACGUUGCGCCCACCUGGGCAUUCACGUCGUGACAUCACGCUUAACACCCUUGCCGUCGCGCUCAAAACCAGAUAUGACAAAUUGCAUGUUAGUGAGGAUCUCAACGAGGCCAUUGAUUUGUAUCGCGAAUCCCUUCGGUUAAAGCAGCUUGACCAUCCAGGGCGCCCCACAACUCUUUCAGGUUUGAGCUCGGUGCUCUGCUCUCGUUUCACGCAAACUCAGAAGAAGGAAGAUGUCGAGGAGGCCAUUACCCUUUGCCAACAAUCAUUGGCGGCUCUGUCUUCAUUACACCCGGACAGGUAUUUCAGCUACAUGUGGCUGCAAGAAGCCUAUUUGGCUCGUUACCAAAUUCUAUGUGACCCUGGUGAAUUGUCGCUGGCUAUACAGAACUUCAGACUUGCAUCAGGGCACCCCACUCAAGGAUUCCCGCAACGCAUUAUGACAACAUACAAUUGGACCAUUGACGCGGAGCAGCUUGGUGAUGUGUCCGCAUUAGAGGCAUACAGCACGUGUUUUGACCUUCUUGAUGGUCAUUUGGCAACGCGAUCAUCGACAAUUUCACGACGCGAAGCUGCCGCUGCCUUCCAUUACGUGAGAUCCCUGCCCGUAGAUGCAGCCCCAUGUGCUAUACGUCAUGUCAAUCUACGGCGGGCAGUCGAGCUCGUGGAGCAGGGCCGUGGCCAGCAGUGGUCGCUGGCAUCUCGACUCAGGACUCCAGUCGAAAACCUCGAGUCAACAAAUCCGAAACUGGCGUGCAAUUAUUUGGAGCUGAGCAAGCGCGUUUCCAAUGCAGCCCAAAGUUCUGCAACCAUCACCGACAGAGCUGCUGCCGAUCGGGAAGCAGUAGAGUAUAGGAGACUUACAAGGCAAUGGGAAGCAGCUGUAGCUAGGAUACGUGGUCUUCUGGCGUUUUCGCGGUUUCUGCUUCCACCUUUGUAUGAAGAUUGCAAGCGGCCAGCGCGCCAAGGCCCAGUCAUCAUCCUCAUUGCGAGUCGAUACUCAUGCAGAGCCAUCAUCGUCCCGACGUCAGGAGACCCCCCACCAUGUUCAUUUGCCGUCCCAUCGCUCUCACAGAUCUGA